AGGCGCGCAGGCGCGGUGAGGCGGCACCCGUCAAUCCCCGACGCUGUGGGGUCGCUAACUGGGUCCAGAGGUUUUAGGAGGGGUCGCCGGGUGGGUCUGUGGCGAGGCGGGGUAGGGCGGCCGGCACCAUGUCGAGGCAGGCGAAUCGUGGCACCGAGAGCAAGAAAAUGAGCUCUGAGCUCUUCACCCUGACCUAUGGGGCUCUGGUCACCCAGCUGUGCAAGGAUUAUGAAAAUGACGAAGAUGUGAAUAAACAGCUGGACAAAAUGGGCUAUAACAUUGGAGUCCGACUGAUUGAAGAUUUCUUGGCACGGUCAAAUGUCGGGAGGUGCCAUGACUUUCGGGAAACUGCAGAUGUCAUUGCCAAGGUGGCGUUCAAGAUGUAUUUGGGCAUCACUCCAAGCAUCACCAAUUGGAGCCCAGCUGGUGAUGAAUUCUCCCUCAUUUUGGAAAAUAAUCCCUUGGUGGACUUUGUGGAACUUCCUGAUAAUCACUCAUCCCUCAUUUAUUCCAAUCUCUUGUGCGGGGUGUUACGAGGCGCCUUGGAGAUGGUCCAGAUGGCUGUGGAGGCCAAAUUUGUCCAGGACACCCUGAAAGGAGAUGGUGUGACAGAAAUCCGGAUGAGGUUCAUCAGGCGGAUUGAGGACAACCUCCCAGCUGGAGAGGAAUGACCAGGACUUCAGGACUUCAGGGGAGCCAGCAGGAGCACUUGGAGUCAGAAAGCCUCAGUGCUCCCUCUGCCCUCUAGGAUUCAGUGACUCUUUAACACGGAUGUGAUAUAUUCUUCUAACCUUGUCUCCAUUCUUCAUGCUAAUAAAGAGCAGACUGUGGUAUAGUCCAUUCACCCUACAAGUGUGCACAUUCAGGAGGGAAAUUCUUUGCUCCCUUUCCCUUCAGAGGGGCUGGAUGUAGUCAUCCUUGGUUGGACUAGAAAGAGCUCAAACCAUUUUACAUUCCUGUUUGAAUUUUCCAAAGCAGAACCCAUUAAGAGGCAAGUCUAGCACAUGUAUCCCCGGGUCUUCAGAAAGCCAUUGGUAAAUGGCCUAGGGAGUCCAGGGUCACUGGGACGGGUGGGUAGGAAUUGCUGGCUGUCAUGUGAGACAUUCUAGUGCUCGCAGGGAGAGGGGAGCCAGGCCUGCCAGAAACACUGACUUCCGGGAAGCCACCCAGGUCUCAUUCCUCCCCGCUGUUUGGAGGCAACAUCUCCUCUUUUUACAGAGGGUCUAUCCUUUUUUCUUACAAGUUCUUCAAUAAAGACUUAUUGUUGAGUGAAAUCCCAA